AAAAUGGGAACCACAGGACUAUCUCUUUCCAGAUACUUGUUUGUGAUGUGCCUUCUUGAGAUGGUAACACUAACUUCAGAAGAGUUCACAGUAAAUGGCUUGGAGAAGCCAGUCUUGGUUCAGUUGGGUGCAGAAGUUGAGCUCAGUUGUCAGUUGUCCCCACCACAGAAUGCGCAACACAUGGAGAUCCGCUGGUUCCGGAACCGCUACAACCAACCUGUGUACCUAUAUAACAAUGGUAGAGACCUACAUGCAGAAACUGUCUCCAGGUAUGUGGAGAGAACAGAGCUUGUGAAAGACGCCAUUGGAGAAGGUAAAGUCACCCUCAGAAUCUUUAAUGUCAGUGCUGAUGACGACGGCAAAUACCACUGCUUCUUCAAAGAUGGUGAUUUCUAUGAAGAAGCCAUAAUACAAGUAAAUGUCAUAGCUACAAGCUUAGAAAUACAGCUUCUCCUGUAUCCACCCAAUAUCAAAGGCAUUGUGGUAGAGUGUAAUUCCAGGGGAUGGUUCCCCGAGCCUCAGAUGGAAUGGAGAGACAGCAGAGAAGAGGUCAUUGCAUCUGCUUCCAAAACCGUCUCACAGGACGGAGACAAAUUGUUCAACAUGCACAUGACCCUUCUCCUUAAUAGCAGCUCCUCUGAGAACAUCACUUGCUGCCUUAGAAAUCCUGUGACUGGUCAGGAGGAAAGGACAAGCCUCGUUUUAUCAGUCCCUGUUUCAGACCCACAGUUCCAGUUGGAUACCAUGUGGUUGGAAGAUAUAAGUGUGAUCCUGUGUGUGCUAAUGACCUUCAUUGUCAUGCAGAUUUCCUUUAUUUACUUCAGAUUGAGAGGUUUGCGGGCCAGUUCCUUCUACUAUCUGUGA